GCCAUUACUGGCAUCAUUUUUUGUCAGUUGAAAAAGAAUGACCAAAAUCGAAUAUUAUUCUUCAUUUAUAAUUUUGUGGAAACUGAUUUUUUUAUCGUGUGGUGUACUAAGACUAUCCGUUUAGAUUCUACUUGAAGAUUAUGCUAUGUAUAUCGCGUAAAUCGGCUCAGAAAACUUGACACGAACAUGGCGGGACGGCUGGUGGUGCUGGACCGCGCGGGGCGCGCCAAGAGCAAGAGCUUCGCGCUGGGCUCGGGCAUGUGCACGCUGGGCCGCAGCGCCGCCUGCGACGUGCGCGUGCUGCUGCCCGAGGUCAGCCCGCACCAUGCCACCGUAACAGUGCAUGCUAAUCAGACUGUGGUGCGGAAUGUUGGAUCGGGAAUUACAGAAGUAAAUGGCGCAGCAGUGAGUGUGUGCGCUCUACAACAUGGAGAUGAACUGGACAUAUGCGGCCGUAAACUGCGCUGGGAGUAUGACACGCCUCAAGCACCGAGACGGAACAAGACACAGCCGGCGUUGGCGCUGCCGCCGGCGCCCGCCCGCGCGAGCCGGCGCGGCACGAUGGCGGCGCCCGCGCGAGCGCCCGACCGCGACCUACAGUUGGCUCUUGAACUGCGACAUCGCGCCUCCAUGCCUGCAAGUUCGGGCGCGGGCGGAAAGCAAGUGGCAAUUGUGCAACCUCAAAGAAGAAAUACUGAUAACCAGAAUGAGUCGCCGAGCCCGCGGCUGGUGUCUCCGCCCGGGCCGGGGCCCUCGCCGGCGCCGCGCAAGUCCAACAACGCGAGCUUACACACGCCCACUAAGGCGACGCUAUGGAUCGAGUCCCGCCUCGGGCGCGCGCGCGCGCAGUCGCUGCGCGCGGCGCCGCCGCUGCGGCUCGCGGUGCUGCGGAAGGCGCUCACGCCGGCCCCGAGGCCGACCAAGGCUCGCGUCACCAAGAUACAGGCGCCGCUGCGGAUUGAUCACACAAAACGAGCGGCCCUCCUGCUGAUGACGGGCCACACGCCCAAGUCCAAACUGCCAAGCCCCAAGACCCCGACCUUCGUGGCCAAGAAGCGGAGCCCGGCCGCCAGGACGCCGCGAGGCCGCAGCACCCUGAGCGCCGCCAGCAAGUCCACGAGGCCCACGCCGCAGGCCUCGCUGUCCGAGACGUCCACCAGGAAGAGCAGUAAGAGGAACUCGGGUAAACAGUCGUCUUUGUAUUUUUCCUUCGUGGCCAAGAAGCGGAGCCCGGCCUCCAGGACGCCGCGAGGCCGCAGCUCCCUGAACGCCGGCGGCAAGUCCACGAGGCCCACGCCGCAGGCCUCGCUGUCCGAGACAUCCACCAGGAAGAGCAGUAAGAGGAACUCGGGGAAGCGGUCGGUAUCGGUCCUAGAAAUCACGGACUCGGAAGCAUCGUCCCGCCGUUCGCCCGCCCCGCCUCACCCACCAAAAUCCGCUCUCAAGUCGGGUCGCUCGCGCAAGACAGAAUCUAUCAAGUUCGACCUCAGCAAUCUCGAUAAUCACUCCGAAGACGACGAUAUACUCAUGGUAUCGAGUACUACGAGGGAUGCUACCGAGGAUGUAACCUUACGGUACUCCAGUUCGCCCCCGUCGCCAUCUCCGCGCCGCUCCAUACAUUCCCGGAGCGGACGAAUGCUAGAAAGCCUAGGUUCCCCGCUCAGGUCGCCGGCUAGAACUAGAACGUCCGCUCCCGCGUCUCCCCGCUCUUUAAAAUCGGCUCGAGGCUCUAUAAUCGUCCAAAAAGCUCUGGAUAGCUCGGACACGUUCGUCACAGAGUACAGCGACAAAACGGGAUCGCCCCGACGUCGCGAUCUAGAAGCCUACUCCGUCGUCGAUCUAGUAUCUAUAGACUCCGACGCGUCGCGUUCCGUGUACGGUUCGGCGGGAUCCCCUUCACGUUCAGGAUUCGGGGCGAGUACCCCGCUGGUUACGCGCACCGCGCCUACGGAUGGGACGCUGACCACUCCAGAGAAUGCGCCGCGAGCGCCUUCACGAAGCGCUAGAAAGUCCCGCGGCGCACGCAGCCGCUCGAGACUCGACGAUAGCACAAGAACGAUAGACUCCACGGAGGCCGACUCCCCUAAAUCUUCGAGGAAGCUUGUGAAAUCUGCUUCGAAGCGCUCCCGUAGCCUUAACGACGGCCACCCUGAAUCUCCUCAGACCUACAUCUCACUCGAUUCGUCGCACAAAUCUCUGGGUGAUCUCUCGACUACGGCGAAACGUGGAUCUCGCAGUCGACUCGACGCUAGCGAUCUUCUCGAGUCUCCGAACAACAUUUCCAUUGAAUCUAUGAAAAAGUCACUGAGCGGGGUGCUCUCCGCUUCUAAACGGAGCCCUCGCACUCGGGACGACGCGUUAGAGGAAUCUCCAAAAGGAAUUUCGCCGAGAAGAUCUCUAGCGCGAUCACCUACGAAGCGUGGCAAUGCCACUAUCACGCUGGGAUCGCCGAAAGACAGUAUUUCUAAGCUGGGUAAGAAACUUUCCGCUUCACACUCCCGCAGUCGUUUGGACGAUAGUUCUGUACUUGAAUCUCCGGCAGUUUCGGCUAACUCGACAAGGAAAUCCCUUGGAAAUACACUUUCUGCCUCUAAACGCGGCUCGCGUAGCCAAAUUGACAAUGUCUCACUCGAGUCUUCAGUUGUUUCGGCCAAGUCCUCAAGAAGGUCUUCAGGCAAGUCACCCGUGGCAUCUCCAGAAAAUGUCUCAGUUAACUCUACAAGAAAAUCCGCAGGGAAAUCACCUUCUCCUACGAAACGCGGCUCUCGAAGUCAACUCGACUCUAUUACUCCUUUGAGAUCUCCAAAAGAUAAUGUUUCAAAUGCAUCAAGAAAGUCUGGAGGAAAAUCUCCCUCUCCUUCAAAACGAGCUUCUCGUAGCCAAAUCAAUAACACUGCAUCGCCAAAGACACUCUCUGCUUCAAAACGCAGCUCACGAAGCCAAGUUGAUAGUGUCCUCAGUUCUCCGACUGAUUUGACUGAUUCAACUAGGAAAUCUAAAGAAAAUUCUUCUGCGUCAAAACGUGGUUCUCGGAGUAAAAUUAUUGACAGUGUGUUAUCUCCACAACUUGAUAACUUGUCGGAUUCAACAAGGAAAUCAUUAGGAAAGACACUGUCUGUUUCAAAACGUGGCUCUCGGAGUCAACUCGCCGAGACUAUCCUCAGCUCUCCAGAAACUGAAGCUUUGGCCGAUUCGACACGAAAAUCUUUGGGUAAAAUACGGAAACGUGGUUCUCGAAGCCAACUGGAUAGUAGUGCCACAUUAGAAUCUCCAAAAGACUCAAGGAAAUCUCCAAAAGCUAAUAACUCCAUAAGAAAGUCUGCAGGGAAGACGCUCUCUACUUCGACUCGUAACUCUCGCAGUAAAAUUAUCGAUAGCGUCCUAUCUCCGCAACUUGACGUUUUAUCAAAUUCUAGUAGAAAAUCUCUGGGAAAGAGUCUUUCUACUUCAAAACGAAGCUCUAGAAGCCAACUUGUUGAGAUUGUCAGUCCCAGAGAUUUUUCCACAAGGAAAUCUGCAGGGAAAUCAUCCUCCCCGACUGAAUCUCCUAAAAACACAUCAAGAAAGUCUGGAGUUGAAACACUUUCGACAUCAAGUCGUAGGACAAGAAGUCUGCCAAUCGAGUCGCCGAAAGAUGCCAAGAAAUCGCGCGUCAGUGCUAUCUCUACCUCGAAGCGUAGCAUUCGUGAAGUUGACCCUAGUCCCGUCGUGUCCCCUAGAGGAAACGCUUCGCCUUCGUCGAGGAGAUCUGCGAAAUCCCCAUCUAAUACACCGCUGGCGUCUCCCAAAGUCGCUUCGCCGAGUAAAUCUCCAAAAUCACCCGCAAAAUCGCCUGCGUCAUCGCCUAAAGUUUCUAAAGCGAGAACUUCGAGAAAAACACUCACUGUAUCUAUCACUAGCCCUCGAAAUGAGACCGCGACAGACGGAGAAGCGACUCCAGAAGAACGGGGAAGCCCCGAAGAUGCCGGCACACCCGUACUUAGCAUUCGAAGCCUUUUGGACGCGACCGUAUCUGAUUCUCCCGGCGAACCUGCCCGCAAACGAGGAAGAAUUUCUACGGUCGAAAAGAGGAAAACAUUCGCCGCCCAGAACGCGCCUAGAAACGCUCGUGGCUCCAUUCGAUCCAAAUCUUUGAUCUUAUUUCGGGGCACAGGCGACGUGACGCCCACGGGAGUCGCCGAACCGACCCCGGAGGCGGUCAAAAGCAAACAUUCAUCGGCAAAGAAGAGCCGAUCCCGCCGUUCCAUUAUCGAUAACCUGGACGACUCCGGUUUAGUGAAACAUCUGUUCAACAGUCCGGUGAAACGGAAACUAUCGCAGAGCAUGAGCGAAUACUCACGCCGCCUCGAAGAAUACGAGGAUACCGGCCCCGACGUUAGCGGCGUCAAGCGAUCAUUCACCAAGAAAUCACCCAGGAACGAACUCGGGGACUUUAACGGCGCGAGGCGUCCGAUGCGGACGCCUCGCGCGCGACGGUCUAUAAAGAACGACUUAACCGACGUGGCCGGGGUGAAGGUUAUGUUCGCGGCCGCGCCUCGCGACAGCUUCGGAGACGUCCGCGGCGUCAAGCGGGCCUUCCGAGCUUCACCCGAAGACGAUUUACGUCAAGUUUCCGGCGUUAAGAGCUUGUUCGACACGAAACCGCGCGACGAUCUGUCUGACGUGCGGGGAGUGCGCGAGCUGUUCCGACGCGGCCCGAGGAACGAACUCGACGCGUCCGGGGUCAAGGACGCUUUACAGCUGAAGAGUCCCAAGAAUGAUCUUCGAGACGUGCGCGGUGUUAAGAAGCUCUUCGGACAGUCGAAGUCACGGGCGUCUCCGAACGUGAGCGGGGUGGCCGGGUUGCUAGAUGACCCGGCGCCGGCGGAGGUCAUGUUCGACCAACUAUUGGGCAAGCCGCCCGUGCGGGCGACCUAUUCCAAGACUUUCAUAGCCCGUUCGGCUCAAAAACCGGCCAAACGCCGCCGCACUACGUCUCUAAGCGUGGACGUAAUCGUGAACGACGUCGAAGGAUGGCUAGAGAAGGAGUUACAAAAGCGUUUGGGCAAACCUGUCAACCGCGAACUACAAAAACUGGCUACGGAUACGGUCGCGGGCGGGACGCCGAUACUCCCCUCUCGCUCUCGCCCCGGCGGCGCCCCGAGGCGCCCCGCGGCGGAGACCUACGCGGAGCACACGCUGCCCAUCAAGAAACGCUCGCUAGAGAAAGCUCCAGAACCGCGUUCGGCUAAGAAAAAGUCGCUACCGUUAAAGAAGCGCGCGUUGGUUCAUUCUACGCCGGUGAAGGGACGCGCCUCGCGCGCCGCGGACGCCACGCUGGCGCGGAUGUCGCCCAUCGCGGUGCAGCCUGCCUUAACCAGUGUUCAAGAAUCUGCUCGAGGGUAA